CAAAUUAAAAAAUAUAAUAUUCUGUCAACGAGAUAAAUCACUAAAUGUAAAUAAAAUCACAUGAUCAAAAUGUAGAGAGAAAUUAAAUCGACUAUUCAAUUUACAUACAUUUAGUAAAUAUUAAAUAUAUAUUUUAAUAUAUAUUCUAAAUUUAGACAAAAAAAAGUAUGAUCUUUUGAUAAAUAAUUCGAGAAGUUCACAAAUAUAAUUUAUCUUUAUUAAAAUAAAAUAAGUAAUAUUAUUAGAGUUAAUAUUGACAUAUUUUAAAUAUAUAAUAAUUUUAAUAUCGAUAAUUCAUCAGCCAAUAGCUGAAAUUGUACCUAAUUGUCACGUCUUUUAAUUUAUUUAUAUCUAGUGAGUUGUCUUGUUGAACACAGUCCAUUAUUAUAGUUCGAGAAUAUUCAAAAAUAUGAUGUAAGUUCCUUUUCAUUAAGUAAAGAGAUUAGAGUUGUAAAAAAUGGAGUUUUGGAAUUUCAUCCGCAAUAUAUUUGGCGGAAACAAUUCGGAUAAAUUUAAUAAAAGGUUUGCUGAUUGUGAAGAUAAUUAUAAUGGAGACAAUUUUGGAAAUUCAAUAUGGCAAAUUGAUGUUUAUGAUAAUCCAAGAUAUUUUGGAAGAAAUAAUCACUUUAAUAUCUUUAGUGAUCCAUUACAAAUAACGAGAUAUUUCGAAUCUCAGAUUGAGAAUAUAAUGAUGAAUUUUAUUUAUGGAUUUCAUAAUGAAGGUAAUGAUGCAAAUACAAAUGUAUUUUUAUUUGGACCUUCAAAUGCUCCUUCACAAAGAGAAAAUUUACGUGAUAAAAUGUUGAAACCAAAUAAUAAUUCAACUGGAUUAAAAUUAGAUACAGAUUUAGAUGGAAAGAUUACUGUAGAUAAUUUUUCUAAUAUUUGGGAUGAACAUGACAAAUCGAAAUUUGAAAUAUCACGUCCUCACAUAUUUGGAAAGUCCAUGAGAAAAGAAUAUAUUCGUAAACCUGAUGGAACAAUAGAACAAAAACAAGUUAUUAAAGAUUAUGAAGGAAAUGAAGAAACUAUGAUAUCACAGCAAAUUGGUGAUAAAAUUCAUACUAUUGUUACAAAAAUAGAUAAAAAUGGAGUAGAAACAAAAACAGAAGAAUUUUGUGAUGUAAAUGAAUGUGAUUUAUUUGGAAAAAAAAAAUUAUCAUCAAAUGAAAAUAGUAAUUUUCUUGAUAGUGAUUUAAAUUUCUUUUCUUGGGAUAAAUUUUUUAAACCUAAUCCAAAAUUAUGAUAAAAUUAAGUAAAAUUUAAAUAUUCUAUAGUAAUUUUCUAUAGUAAAAAUGUUUAUAAUAAAAAUAUAGUAAAUGAUAAUAACAUGUAUGGUAUUGUUGUUAAACAAAAAUAUAAACUAAUUUAAUUUACAUAAUAUGUAAUAAAAUUAUUUCAGUAAUAUAUAAUAAAAAUUCAUUCUAUGUAUAAA